CCGUUACAUUUUAGACCAGUCGCAAAAUAUAGGGCUUUAUUUUAAUAACUGAAUACUUAUAUAAAAUGAUAUUUUGUUAUUGUUGACAAUUUUAAUAAUUGAGUUUUUCGAUUGACUAUUGCUUUUUCUUAUAUUGGAAAGUAAUUAUGGGUAGCAAUAAUAGCAAAAACGAUACUGUUCCUGUGCAAAAAAACGAUGUUGAUAUCACAUCUGACCCUCGAUCUCCAACUCCUGAAAUCAUUCGUACACCAUUACAGAGUAAGACUGGCAGUAAGCACAACAUUACAAAAAAUGCAGACUUACGAAAAACAUUGGAGACUCAAAAUAAUGAUGACAAAUUAAUUCAUAAUAAUCCAAUACUUUCUGCAGUUAUUAAAAACCAUUUACAAUCUUAUGACCCUAGAUCCCCAUCACAAGAGUUUGACAGAACACCAGUUAUUAUUGCAUCAAAAUUAACUCGAGAAGUAAGACUGGGUAAAAUUGUGGAUAGCUCUGGAAGUCCAAAUCUACAAAAUGAUAGUAUUGAUAAUAACAAUGAAGAUUUAUCAUUUAAAGUUAGCCCUGAUAUAAUAAUUCCAAAAAAUCUUUGUACUGACUUUUAUGACUUAAGUCUUGAUGAUAGCCUCAAAGACACUGAAAAGCCAUUAGGUUCAUCCACAGCUUCUAAUGAGGCGAUAGAAAAUGACAUAUCAAAUGAUUCAUGUUCACCAAAAAAGUUAUUGCAAACAAAUUUUGACUAUGUUGACAAUAAAGAUGAAACUUUUGGAAUCUGUACACCAAAUGUGUGUGAGCAAGGAGGAAACGUUGACAAGCUUAAAAAUAUUCCUAUAUUUAAAAUACUUGAUACUGAUCCACGCUCACCAUCAAUAGGCAUAGAUAGAACACCAAUCAUUGUAUCUAAAGAAGAAAAUAAUACUGAAAAUAAGGUGGAGGAAAUGUCAGAUGAUUCUUUAAUUAAAGUUUUACAGGAUACCUUUGUAAAAUCAAUUCAUGUAGAUAAAAUAGCUGAAGGUGAAAUUAAUAUAUUUAAAGAUGAUAAUGCUGCACCUUCCAACACUACACCACUCAAAAGUAAAUCUGAUAGUGGAUCUCGUACACCUUUGUCUUGUAUGAAAAAUAAAACAGAUUCAAGUCAUGGUAGAUCAAAGUCCAUUAGCACUUUGUAUGAUCCAAAUUCUCGUAAAACUAGCAGUAGGAUUCCAAGAAGAGCAUCACAUAUUCCAAGGCUUAAAUCAUUAUCUAAACCCAAGUAUACAUUAAAUGCUAGUAGUUUGUCAUUAAAAAUAUCAAAGACUGCAGCUAUGAAUGGUGGUGACUGUGAAAAUACCCCACCUCACUCACACCGUGACCACUGGGACAAAGACAAUAGCAUUGUUCUAUGAAUAUUUUCUGACUAUUAUGAUUAAACUGGACCUAGUUAUCAGAUAUAUAAGGUUUUAUUUUGUUUAAAAUAUUAAUUUUAACAUGAGGUAAAUUACCAUCCAAUGAAUGGUCAAGAUAUUGCUAAUGCUUUAAUGUGUAGCUUAAUAGCUCAUGUUUAUUUUGUUAGACAGUAUGUAUGUUACAACUUUAUGUUAUGACAAAAAUAAAUAUUUUUGACAAUAUGAUAAAUAUAUUCAAUAAUGAUUUGGUGGUUUCUAUUGUUUUAGUUAACUAAUUGGUAAAUAAAGUUGAAAGUAUA